AUGCCCUCCCUGGUGGUCACCGAGCAGUGGUUCAGGCAGCCGACGAGCGUCAGGCAGGAGCUCGCCGAGAACUCGGUCACCUCAUCGGUGGCCGGGUCGUACUUCGAGAUCAGGACCACGCAUGCGCCGCAUCCACCUGCACGCAGCAACGUGACAUCAUCCCAACCCGUCCCGCACCCGCACGCCUGGCCGAGCCCGCACGUGGCCGCCUGGCCUUGCCCAUCCGCCGCCGCGGACCUCGCCGAAGCCCGCCCGCCGCCGCCUCGCCGUGCCGGUGCGCCGCCGCGGACCUCGCCGAGCCCGCUGCCGCCGCCUCACCGUGCCCAUCCGCCGCCGCCUCACCGUGCCCAUCCGCCGCCCUCCCCGUGCCCUUCCGUCGGGCCGCCGCCGCGAGCUCACCACCGGUGCGGGCCCCCGCCUCCCAUCAAGCGCCGCCGCCUUCCCGGCGUCUCCAAGAUCGAGCCCACCACACGGUGCGCGCCAGCACCCGUCGACGGCGGAGCGAGGAUGGUGGAGAUGGCACCGGCACGAGGCGCCGCCGCUACGCUCCCGCUCGCGGCCGAAGGCCGGCCCCCUACCUCCACGCCUCCCCCGCUCCACUCGUGUGAGGGCGCCGCAGAGCGCCGCCGCCGCGUGCUCUUGGCGUCGUGGCGGAGCUCCCCGACGGGGGCUGGGGAGGGGGCGGCCACGGGCCAUACGCCGGCGGGAAUGGGGCGCGGGGGGGGGGGAGCCGGCGGUGAGCUGAGGCGGCCUGGCCGGAGAAGCGCGGCGGCGGCCUGGCCGGAGAAGCGCGCGGCGGCGGCCUGGGAAGCACGGUCGGGUCGGGAUUGGGAAGAUGAUCUCUCCUUUUUCUGA